AUGGAGCCAGCGCGCACCUCUCGCGGUACAUUUGAACGAGGUCAGGGUCAAAGAAGAGACAGAGGAUGCGGAUAUCCGAACCGAGGAGUCAAUAUUUCCCAAGCAUCAGUUCCGGUACCUAGGUUUUCGGAGUUGUUGCCAGGAACACAUGUUUCGAUUGUGUUGAAGGUGGAUCAGGGGAGUGGGAGGGAGGUGCAGGGGUGGGUGGGGAAUUUGUUGGGGAGGGGGGAGCAUCCGAGGGGGGUUAAAGUUAGGUUGAGGGAUGGGAGGGUGGGGAGGGUGAGGAGGAUUGUUAAGGAGGGAGAGGUGGAGGAUGAUGUGGAGGGGCUGGAGGGGUUGCAGGGGUUGGGGGAAAAUGGGGAAGUGGGUGGGAGUGAGGGUAGGGGAGGGGAGAUGGGAAGAGCUAGAGGAAGUGGGUUCCUGGAUAGAAGGUACACAGACUUCAGAAACGACGGAUACGACGAGUCUACCGCUAUAAGCAAUACCACAGGAGCUAGUCUAGAAGACUACAUCGUUGUAAAAGGCAAUCGCAAGGGCAAAAAAGAGAGGACGCAAGGGAAUUCUGCUAAAGAAAAAGAAAAAGAAGAGAUUGGGGAAAUGGACGAAGCUGAGGAAUAUUCUAGGGAAAAUGCAAGGGAUGAGAUACUGGGGGAGAGGGAAGAAGUGUUUAGAUCGGAGAUGAGUACGUGUUUUGUGUGUGCAGAGUUUGAGGGUGAUGAGUUGGCGAUGACGCAUCAUGUUAAUGGACAUUUUGAAUAA